GGAACAGGACACGCGAAGCGCGCACGACCAUGGCCGCGGUGCCGCCGACCUUUGGCUUCACGCAGGAACAAGUGGCGUGUGUGUGUGAAGUGCUGCAGCAGGGAGGGAGCAUCGAGCGCCUCGGCCGCUUCUUGUGGUCGCUACCCGCCUGCGAGCACCUGCACAAGAACGAGUCCGUGCUCAAGGCCAAGGCCGUGGUGGCUUUCCACCGAGGGAACUUUCGCGAACUCUACAAGGUGCUAGAGAGCCACCAGUUCUCGCCGCACAACCACGGCAAGCUGCAGCAGCUGUGGCUCAAGGCGCACUACAUCGAGGCAGAGAAGCUGCGCGGGCGACCGCUCGGCGCCGUGGGCAAGUACCGGGUGCGCAGGAAGUUCCCGCUGCCGCGCACCAUCUGGGACGGCGAGGAGACAAGCUACUGUUUCAAGGAGAAAAGUCGUUGCGUACUUAAAGAAUGGUACUCCCAUAAUCCUUAUCCCUCACCGAGAGAGAAACGCGAGCUGGCCGAGGCCACAGGGCUCACAACCACGCAGGUCAGCAACUGGUUCAAGAACCGCAGGCAGAGAGACCGCGCCGCUGAGGCCAAGGAGAGGGAAAACGAGGGUGCGAAUCAAAAUGGGCACAACCCGCUACCAUCUCAAAUGACCGAGAGCAAAUCUCAGUGCGAGAGCUCGGACGACGAUAAAUCUCCGCCAGGGACCCCAGAUCACCUGUCCAUGAGUCCUGCUCUGCUCCUACCUACCAGCUCAGGCCUGCCACCACUGCACAGCUUCGCACCCCCGGCCGGACCCAGUGCCUCUGACACACAUCAUCCUCAUCCUCAUCUUCAUCAUCCUCACCCUCAUCAUCAGCACAGCCACCAUGAGCAGCAGCAUCUGUCCCUGCACGACAGCCUCCUAAACCCCAUGGCAGCCAGCCUGGUGGACCUUGGGUCCUAACAAUUUAGAUGGUGUCACAGCGCAUGAGCAAUGUGUUAAAAGACCAUUUAACUCCUGAAACCAAAGAAGACAACCAUGCGUUCAUUUCCCAACUGUUAUACAGAAAAUACGGUUUGUUGCGGGACUAUCUUUACUGAAAUGUUAUGUGUUGGGACACCGUGUAGUCUUACAAAACCAGUAACCAAUUUCCAAAAAAAGACCAAAGAGCGAAGGGCGACUUCCAUCUUGUUUGUGUCUUACAUGCAAGAAGAGGAGGUACACCUUCAAUAUCAAGCCUAUGUGAUACGUCAUUAUAAAUCAGCUGACAGUUUUUGAUAUAUCUUGCUAUACAUAAAAUAAUAAAAUAUACAGCUAUUGACUAAAGACAAUAUUGACUAGAGUUGUCUUUUUGCAUUACUGAGAUGAUACAUAGAUACACUUAAUCUGAUAUUUGGCUCCUCGCAAGAGUGUGCACAAGGAAGGGGACACUUUUUAAACUUACGAAGAAACACAUGAACGUGAUCCCCACUGUUAUAACCAUAUAAACCCAUUUCCUAUUAUUUCCCUGAUAAUUAAAUACUAUUUAGGUUUAUGACCUACUUUAAUCAUAUCAUUUAUUGCAGCUUAUCAUUGAGAUGUUGAGUUGUGAAAACAACGUGGGAAAAAAAUCUUCCUGGCUUCUAUAAAUCUUGCUGCUUCAGGUAACAUUCGUUUAAAUGAUUUGCAGUACAUGGAUUUAAAAAUUUUUUUGAAUAUAAUAAUCAAAUUCAAACUAUAGAAUCUACU